UCGAGCAGGAGCUUUCAGAGAUCGCGAGCUCGUUUCUCGCCGAGCCGGUGGCGGAGAUUUUUUUUUUUUUCCUCCUCCUCCUCCCCGUCGCGGCGGCCUCCGUCCUCCUCCGCCCUCCUCCCGCUUCCGAGCAGUAGCGAACCCCGCGGCGAUGGCGGAGUUCGACCGCGAUGGCGAGUACGCGGGCGAUGGCGAGUUUGCCGGCGAUGGCGAGCCGGCCAACGGCGUCCCCGCGAGGGAGGCGGCGGCGGCCAAGGUCGAGGUCGAGUUCGAGCCGCCCCGCCAUGCUCGGCCUCGCGCUUCGGCUCCGGUUCUCCACGCCGUCCUCUACCGCAUGGUGUCCACCGUCCUGUUCCCCGACCACACCAGCAAGGCCUCGGGCGAGCCGCUCGUGCGGCGGGUCAAGAUCUCCCUCGCCGACGACGUCCCCCUGCUACCUGAAGCUUCCAGAGAGACCGGGCGCCGCAUCCUCCGCUGGACUCGCCGGGGCUCUCAUCUCCGCGCGCUGCUUGUCGUCUCGAUUGGAACAAUUGCUUUUCUCGCUUUGACGGGACUUCUUGUGUUCAUGCUCUUUUUCCUUGCGGCCACAAUCAAUGCAAUUGUCAUUUCUCUUCUGAUGUCUAUGGCUGCGGUAGGAGGUGUGUUGGCUCUGUUUCUUGCCUGUGUGACAGCUGUAUAUGUUGGUGCUCUGGCUAUUGCUGUUUUUGUUAUUUCUACAGCAACAUUCUGCGCAGUGCUAGCUGUUCUUGUAGCUACAGGUUGGAUAGGUUUUCUUUGGACUGUCUGGUUGGCAACUAAGAAAAGCGUGGACCUUGCAAAACAUUCCAUUGGUGCGACUGGUUCAGCCCUCUCAGCCUAUUCUACUGGUCGGCAUUUCCAUCACAACCGAGAACCCAAUAAAAUCUCGGAUUGAAGUGCCACUUUGGAUGUAUCUCCUUGAGUAAAUGUUGCCGGGGCUUUUUAUGGCGUGAUGAGCUGUUUUCCCUUCAGUGUUCAUGAUAUGUACAAAGCAGGCAAUGAUAAUAAUGGCUAUGCUCGUAUUUAUAUUUGUGUACAUGAGGUUUGGAAGCGUUAUCUGUAUCUGGUGCUGUUAAAUGUGGUUUUGUUGCAUCUUAUAAGUUAUAACUCAGUACAUAUGUGAAUUCAUAGUUUUGAUUAUCCCUAC